AUGGCAAUGGCUGAUGUGAAUGGUGAUAAUAAACUGGAUAUUGUUGUUGUAAAUAACGAUGGGACCAGCGUUGGUAUUCUUCUGGGCGUGGGCGAUGGUACAUUUGGUUCUCAGACUACUUAUCCAACUGGUGACUCUCCAACUCAAGUAGUAAUAGCUGAUGUGAAUGGUGACAAUCAUCCGGAUUUAGUUGUUCCAAAUUCCUCUGUAAACAACAUUAGUGUUCUUCUCAAUUCAGGCAGUGGUACAUUUCUUCCUCAAGUUUCUUAUGCAUGUGGUGGUAAUGGUCCACAGUCAGUAGCGGUGAUUGAUGUGAAUGGUGAUAAUAAUCGAGAUAUUAUUAUCGCAGUUUCCGGUGCGAACAAUGUUACUGUUCUUCUCAAUUCGGGCAGUGGUACAUUUCCUUCUUUGACUUCUUAUACAACUGUUAACGCUCCGUAUUUCGUAGCGGCAGCUGAUCUGAAUAAUGACAAUUAUCCAGAUAUAGUUGUCGCACUUUCUGGUGCGACCAACAUUGGCGUUCUUCUCAAUGCAGGUAAUGGCACGUUUCUUGCUAUAACAACUUAUACUACUAGUACCGGUCCAUGGAGAAUAACAUUAGCUGAUGUGAAUAUUGAUACCCAACCGGAUAUUGUUGUUGUAAACAGAGAUUCGGCCAAUAUUGGCGUUUUUCUCAAUGCAGGCAGUGGCACAUUUUCUGGUCAAACUACUUAUACAACUGGUUCUAGUACCUUUCCAAACACACUAGCAGUAGCUGAUAUGAAUAGUGAUAAUUUACCAGAUAUUGUUGUCGGACUCCAGUCUACAAGCAAAAUUGGUAUUCUUCUCAAUGCAGGCAGUGGCACGUUUGGUGCUAUAACCGUUUAUACAGCUGGCGUGAGUCCAGAAGGAAUGGCAGUAGCUGAUGUAAAUGGUGACAGUAAACCGGAUGUUAUUGCUUCAGGAAACAACGUGAACUCAGUUAGCGUUCUCCUACAUUGCUAA